AUGAUCAAAAAAUUUAUUGCAAGCUUAAAGUAUUUUUCAAGUCACUCUAUUACUCCAAGUGAGUUAAAACCAGGUGAUCAUAUUUAUGUAUGGAGAAACGUUAGACACUUACUUAUGUACUAACACCAUGGAGUUUAUAUAGGAAACGGUAGAUGUAUUCAUUUUACAACUAGAGCAGACGCAUUAGCGUAUGAUAAUGUUGAUAACUAAUAAUAAAUCGAAAAAGAUCAAUAAUUAUAAGAUUUAAAUAGCGAAUAAUUUAAUAAAAAUGUUAACAAUUAAUCUAAUAAAAAAGAUUUAGAAAACUAAAAUAAUUAGCCGUAAAUUAUUGAGAAUACCCUUUAAUAUGACAAAAAAAGUAAAAACUUUCAUGUAGUAAACUAAAAUAAUGUAGAAUUGGAGAGUAAAUAAAAAAAAGUAACAUUUUGGGACAGGAUUAAUCCAUAAUCAAAUAUAAAUAAAGCAGUAAUAAUGGAAACUUCUUUAGAUUAUUUUUUAUACGGAGGAAAAUUAAAAAGAGCUAGAUAUAACUGUAGCAUUUUUGAAUACAUGCUCAAAUCUGCAGGGACAUGCUAUCGUUAACCAAGGCUAGAAGGAUAAGUUACAGUAGAAAAAGCAAAAAAAUACAUAUGCCCAAUAAAUGCAAAAGGAUAAAAAGAAAUAUACAGUCUAAAAAGUAAUAAUUGUGAGCACUUAGUCCUAGAAUGGACAACUGGAGUGCGUAAAAGCUAUUAAUUGGAAAGAUUAUUGAGGAGAUCAAUUUACUACAUGCUAUUCUUCUUUCCAAUUUAUAAAAUAAAUGAUCACUUUUUUAUAAAUAUUUUUGAUAAUUAUAUCAAAGUAUCUGUUUUUUAUGAAACCUUAUUAAGUAAUUGGGUCUAUGUUGCAACAUUUUUAUUAUGA